CUGGUGAAGAACAUGACGAUCACGCUGAUCAGCACCUAUGUCACCAACGUGACCAACCCUGAAGAAACAAAAGAACCAAAGAACCAAAGAACUCGAUGCCCUUCUGUCAGCUGUCUUUCAGUCUGAAAAGCUCGUUGUCCUUGGCGAGUUCAGUGCUUGUGUCGGCCAAGACCACCAUUCCUGGGAUAGAGUCCUUGGGAGGCAUGGAGUAGAAAAAUGCAACAGUAACAGUCUUCUCUUGCUCCGCACCUUCGCCGCACAUGACCUCUCCAUCACCAACACCAUGUUCCGGUUACUGACCCGUAAUAAGAUGUCUUGGAUGCACCCUUGAUGUAAGCAUUGGCACCUUAUUGACUAUGUCAUUGUCAGGGCAAGAGACAGGCGAGUGUGAGGGUGACAAAGGUGAUGCGUGACGCUUAAUGCUGGACUGAUCACCAUCUCAUCAUUUCCAAACUCAAAGGUCUCCAUUUUAAGCUAAAGAGAAGGCUUCAAGGGCAGAAGGUCACCAUGCAACUGAAUGUGACGAAACUGAAAAACAGUGAGACUGUGAAUGAUCUUCAGUCAGCCGUAAACAGAAAACUCUCCAACCUCCCCACCCCCUCUAAUGACAUUGAAGAAGCGUGGGCCUCCUUUGGGGACACAGUUCACUCUGUUGCCUUCAAAGUCCUCGGGCGACCACCAGGAAGCACCACGACUGGUUCGAGGAAAAUGACACUGUAAUCCAAAUAAUGUACUACUGGAGGAAAAGUGCCACCUACUUUGAGCCCACAAGAGCGACCUCUUCAGCCAAGCUAAAAAUGCUGGCUUCAUCAAGCUGCACAGCCAGAUAUAGACGAAGCUCCUCUCUAUGCAGGACACCUGGCUCAGUGCCAAAGCAGAUGAGAUUCAGUGCUAUACAGACCGGCAUGCCACCAAGUGGUUUUAUGAUGCUCUUAAAGCUGUCUACGGACCUCAAUCCUCUGGGUUGUCCCCCGUCCUUGGACCUGAUGGAACUACCCUGUUCACUGAAAAGAAACAGAUCCUGGAGAGAUAAGCUGAACAUUUUGACACUGUCCUGAACCGCCCUUCUGCAAUCAAUUACACAGCCAUUGAACGCCUUUCACAAGUUCCGGUGAACCUGGAACUUGACUCUCCCCCAACGAAUAGAGUAGAAUAGAAUAGAAACCUUUAUUAAUGUGUCGGAGCCGUAUCUCUUGGGAACAACCCCUUACUAAUUUGGGGACACAAUUUAUAAUCAAAUAAUUGGAAUUACCUAUAUAAAAUAUAAAAUAUAAAAGUAAAAAAUCUAAAAUAACUAAGAGAGAAUCGUAAAAUUAAAUGGUUAUGAUGUGCUGAGAACAGCUUAUAUCAUUUUUACGAAUUCUACUUUUAAAGAGGUUCAGAGUUUUCGCUGAUGUUAAAUUAGGAGGCAAUUUUCGCCAUAACCUAGGCCCAAGAUACCUUAAAGAAUGUUUACCAUUAUGGUACAGUAUUAUAUCUAGGAACAGAGAAAUCCAAAUGUCAUAAAGAAUAAGAAGAGUUAUGAUUAUUGAAAAGAUUACAGAUAUAAGUUGGACCUAUAUUGUACUUCACUUUGUACAUAAGGAUGCAAAUAUCCUGUAGGUGCCUAUUCAAUAGUGUUGGUAAUUCUGCCCUCUCAAGAAGUUGUUGGUAACUUGCAUGCUUGUCUCUAUAUACAACCCUCAGUCCCCUUUCUUGCAGUCUUUCUAGUUUUUGCCCAUCACUACAUCUACAAAAAUGCCAGACUAAAUGGCAAUACGUAAGGUACUGUAAAACUGCUGAUUUGAAUAGCUUUAGCUUGGCCUCAGGUGGAAUCAAGUUUCUAAGUCGCAUAAGCACGCCGAUUCUUUGACCAGCUUUCCUACAAACAGCGCUAAUGUGAUCAGUAAAGGUAAAUUUGGAAUCUAUUGUAACACCCAAGAGUCUAAGAUUCUGUACAUUUUUUAUUUCCUCAUUGUUCACAUGAAGUGCAGGUGCUGCACUUUUGAUUGCCUGGCUGUACCCAAUGUUUAUAGUUUGGUAUUUCUUGAGGUUCCCAGCAAGAAGAUUGGAGUCAUACCACUUGGUAGCAUCUUUGAGCUUGGAUGAAACACUAGAUUGAUCAGAUCCAAUAUGAUAAAUUUGGUGGUCGUCUGCAUACAUUGAUAAGUUCGUCGUUACGGAGUAAGACAGAUCGUUCUGAAAGAUAUUCCACAGCAACUGACCUAGGGAGGAGCCCUGGGGACAACAACCACGGCUGACCAUUCUACAUGUGCUUACAUGACUUCCUAAUUUCACACGAUAUUUCUGGUCAUGUAGAUAGCUAUGUAAACGUUGUACUGCGCUUUCCUGAAAACCAUAUGCUUUCAGCUUACUGAGCAGCAGUGGCGGAUACAAAGAGUCGAAAGCCUUUGACAUGUCCGUCAAGUUUAUUAUCCCUCGCUAGUCUCCAUUCUUCAACUAAGUUAAUCAACUGUGAAAGGUUUGAACCCAGGAGUCGUUUCAAAAGUAGGUUGAGUUUGAUCGUCCGGGUGAACGUAGUCCUGAAUAGGACUGUUGUUGUUGACAGUGACUGACGUUUCGACAACCUGUGCGGUAGUCAUCUUCAGAGUCAAAGUGAGUUGUAUCACGUCAGUUGAUGGUAUUAUACUCUGGUUAUUGAUCUGAUUGGUCAAUUAUGUCGCGAUGUUAUUGGUCGUCUGUCAGUUAAGCCGUGAUGUUAUUGGCUAUGAAGACUUGUAAUCAGUGAUUGGUGCGUUUCGCUCCGUCUAUUGUCACAGUUAAACAGUCGUCUAUUGUUAGUCAAAUUGUCAGUUCUCCAGUUGUUCUUUCGUAGUUAGUUUUGCUUGAUCUCCUCAAUAAGUCGUUUGUACGGCGCUGGUAACUGUUGGCUACGAUUCAGUGGCGUUUGUUCUAAGUUUAUAGUAAACCAGCUUUCUAAAGUAAGACGUUGAUAGUAGUCUGUAGAAUACGUUAUACAUGUCGCAGAGUCCCAGUCAAUUUGAUGUUUCGUCUUUAAAUGGUGCUCAGCAAUGUGAUUGUUGACAUCACCAUUCCUCGUCGCGCGUUUGUGUUCGGUCUGUCGCGUGCUUAGGUUUCUGCCGGUUUCACCAAUGUAAGAAGCCUGGCACUCGCAGCAUUUGAUCUUGUAUACUGCUCCCCGUCUGUCCUCCGGUUUGUCUUUGUCCUUGACAUUAGUAAGCAAUCGCCGUAAAGUGGUUAUCGGUUUGUGCUCAACACGUAUAUUGUAAGGUUGUAAUAUACGUGCAUUAGUUUCUGAGGUGCCUCUGAUGUACGGUAUAGUCGCUGUCGUAACAGGGCCAGAGUUGGUCUGAGAGUUGGAAUCAGUGUUACUGUGAGUGUUCCGUCUAACAAAGUCCGUGUUGUAAUUGUUCUUGCUAAAAACGUUGUUAAGAUAAUCAGUCUCUUCUUGUAGGCUGUCAGGUGAGUCACAAACUAGUUGCGCUCGUCUCGUCAGAGUCCGGAUAGUAGUAGACUUGUGAGAGGUCGGGUUGUACGAAGACUGGUCUAGUAAUCGGUUGGUAUGUGUCGGUUUUCUGUAAAUAGUCGUUUUUAGUUUGUUGUUGUCGCGAGUGACCAAGCAGUCUCAACCUCAACCUUCUCAAACUCAACCUUUUUUUAAGUUAAUCAACGUUGUCUCACAGCUGUGAGCUUUUCGAUAGGUAGAUGAAUAUUCAUACAUGCGACGGUCAAAGCCAGCAGUGAUUUGCGCGCCUACUAGUUGCUCAGAAACCUUGUCCACACAUGGUAGGACAGUAAUGGGCCUGUAGUUUUCUUUAGAAUACGACUGAAGAAGUAGGGAAAGCCCUCAAGCAAAUGUCCACCAGGAAAGCCCCAGGAUCGGACACAAUCUCUGCUGAGUUGUACAAGGCUGGUGGCUCUGUCCUGCUCACCAGAUCACCCACCUCUUUCGGUCCUAAUCUGGGCAAAAGAGCAACUCCUAGUAAGGUUCUUGAGCUAUAGAAUGAUCAUGCGACUGUGAUGUUUGUUUAUGCUUUACUGUCUCUUUGUCGAUAGUUUUUGCUCAGAAAGCCCAAUUCGCUCUGAUUAUCACCCCCACCACCUGACUGCCAUUAAAUUGUUAUCUUUUUUUCUUACUCGUUUAAAGCAAAGAACCCAAAAGUGUGACCGCUUUUGAUUGAUUCACAUUCUUUUGUACAGAUUUAAUCCAAUCAGAUGCCAGCUGGAAACUGCCCUCAACUUCUGAUUGGUUAAUCUCUGCGUGAAAGAGUGUGAGUUAAUUACAGGAGGUCACACUUACGGGCUCCUUGCUGUAAAACUACAAGUAGGCUGUCAGAAAAAUAACUUUUUUCUUGUUUUAAACCUUUGGCUGUAUCACCAAGGCAUGAAGAAAGGGCUAUACAAAACAGCACAUCGACAUAGCCUUGACAAUGGCAUCCUUAGAACUAAUGUCGGGGGACUAUAACUAAUUUAAGAGAUAACUUUAAACAAAGGGAGUUUUUUUCUCUUCGCUUUUAAGUCCUCGGCACAGACCGUACAAACCUUCCGGUCACUGCCUACUCAAAUAAAGGUUAAGGUAAUUCCCUUGUUUUGCACUGCGCACCCUCUACUGCGCAUAACAUAGCCACAUCCAAGAUGGCGGCGGUUCUUCUCAGUAGCUCGAAAAGAACAAACAAGGGCCGCUUUUGCAGAGCUAAAGCUUUUAUUCGCAGUAAUAAUGUCGCAGAUCGGCCGACAGCUUCCUGGUUUGCUAACUAAAAACAAGAAAAUGAAAGAAAUGUGCGUGAUCCCAAAGUCUGCAGUGGUUUUUCACUCCGCGGCCGUCGAGUUGUGGAAUUAUUAAAAAGUACUGGCUGAGGCUUUGGAUUAUGGAGGCUGUGAAGGCUGUGGGACAGCUCUACGGCUCUCCAACUGCAUUAACGAGCCAGUAUCUGGCCUGGGAUCACUACUGUACAUAUGUCGUUUAAACUCCGAGAGUGGAGAGUCAAAUAUUUCUGGAACAUAUAAGAUACACCGUAGUACCAGAACCACUCGAGGGAGACCAGUAAACACGAGGUCUGCUGCUGAAUUCACAUUUUGCUGUGUAUAGAAACCAAACAAGCGAACAUAUGAAGAAUAGGAAUGAACAGUCCUUUAUUCAAGUUUCUUUGUCAAGCAUUAUUGUGCAAAAGCAAAAAAAUCGAAACCUAGCUCACUGGAAUUAAACAGAACGCCGGCGCUACAAAAUGGUCUAAAAUAAAGAUUCAUAACUCCAAAAUCUCAUCAAAUCUUGACUUACCUCAUUCCUCGGUAUUUAAUGUAAUCUUUUCAAGUUUGAAUUUCUGUGUUGGCGAUAUCAAACACAUAAAAACAACCGAAAACAAGCUUGAUCUCGAGUGCAUACUUCGAACACGAUAGGCGUUAUUUUGUUUCUUGCCCCAGUCCCCGCCGCGCAAAUUAUCCAUACUGACUUCGAUCUCAAAACCAUGUCCACCUUUCACAGCAGUUUGUGAGGAAACAAGCACGGUGACCCCCGAUUUUUUUCCCAGGCAUUUGCUACGAACAGUCUAAUAAACAACAUAUUUGAAGAAGAAGAAAAGUUUGAUAGUAGAACAUGAUUUUUUGGGGAAAGUAGUUUCGUAUUUGAUGUAUUUGGGUCAAGGCGAGGACUUCAAGCUAACCAGGGAACUGUCCGAAAAAGCGCAAUAUCCCCACAACCAGGCAAUCGAAAACGAAUUAAAUGAAACAAUACUGCUUAUUUGAAUAAAAGAAGUUUUAUGUUCAAGAUAAAAUUUUGUGUGUUUCAAGUAACAACUACUUCGUUCUGUAAGAAGGGGAUUCGAAUUUUAAACGCGCAACCAGUAAAAAUACCCCCGUUUAAGAGCCUGCUGACGCGUAAACAAGCCCGGUGACCCCAUCUUUUUAUUGCAUUUUUUUAAUAUCCAUAUCAUGAAUGUUGAUUAUGCCAAGUUUCAAAAAAAGUUUGAUAGUAGAACAAUUUCAAGGGAAUUACCUUAAUUGCCAUAAGAACUUUUCCUUCAUUUUUCCAAAGUUUCAUCGUUUUUUCGUGUAAAUGUAUGAAGCAAUGCACAUUGAUUUAAAUGUUCUCAAAACAUAGCCAGUCUUAACGUCUUAAUGAUGCUGACAGUUUCGAUGACUGUCAGCCAUCUUUAUCAAAAUUUGGAAAAUAUUAAAAGUGUCAGAAACCUUAAAUAGGCUUCUGAAGGUGUUAAUCAUUGCGAUAAACGCGCAAAGUCACUCUGUAGACACCCCUCCCCCCUGGUUUGGGGGUGGAGAUCACUUGUGUCCAUAUGGGAGAAAGCUGAUAGGCUCCUCGUCCCUGUUCGUAGUAGGAGUGUUCGAUCUAAUACAUAUGCUUUCCUUGAUCCAUCGCUUAAACUUGUCGCUUUCCUGCGCAACUAUUUCACUUGCUUCCCAAUUCAUAAUUUGAUUGUUUUGACAGACGUGGUCUGUUAUGGCUAUUUAAGGCCUCUGACACUGUUUUCCAAGUUUUGAUAAAGAUGGCUGACAGUCAUCGAAACUGUCAGCAUCAUUAAGACUUUAAAGACUGGCUAUGUUUUGAGAACAUUUAAAUCGAUAUUAACUUCACUAGCCUGAUGAAUUUCUUCAAGAGCAGUGCACAUUGUAUAACAGCUAGCGUUUCAAUGUUUUUACAUGUAGUUCAACUUGUAAGCACUUUUCAUGAUAUUGUCUACUGUACUAUGAGCACUGUAAGUACCUGUUUUAGUAAAGAUUGCAUUAAAAACAUUGAGUGCUCACUAUAAAACUUGUGAAUAGUUUCACAAGUUAAAAAGAAAAUUGGCCACACAUCUUUGUAGAUAACUGUGAUAGCUGGACAUUUCCAUGACUUUACACUUGCAUCUAAUUGGAUGGUCACCAUAGCACAGAAUGUGUGGACAUCAUCAAUUUAUUGUGGUAUUCAGGAUCACCAAAGCUGCAAAAUUGAAUGCAAGUGCCCUCUGAAUAGCCCAGAAUAAGAAGAGAAAGGACCCAAACUGGCCAUGUAGGGCUAGUAAAACACUCCUUUGCUAAUUUUCUUCAGUUGCAAUCUAAACUUUCACACACAGUUUCAAAACGCAAUGAUGUAUCAAUACUUUUAGCCUGAGCAGAGAAUUAAAUCACUAGGCUUGACGAACAAAACCACCUGCCAAUAAAAUACCAAAUGCUAGUUCAGCUCUAUGCAAACACACAAACAGCCAUAGCUGACGAAAGAAAGGAUGACCACUGACUGACAACAACAGAAGGCACUACUCCUUGUUGUUAAAUUUUAUUUAACUUCAUUUAAAAAGUACAAAAAUACUCCCUGCUAUUGAUGAGAAAUAUUCCUUUAUCAGAAUUUUAAAAGUCACAUCUAGGGACUUUGAAGUUACCAGAUUGUCUUGCGGAUCGAUUAUACCCCCAGACCUGCUAGAAGGAGGGGACUAACAGCCCUCUUGUUAACAGAGUCAGUUACUCAGCCUAUAUCAUAUUCAAUUUUUAUUGAAACCCCUGAUUUUAUCAGGGAAUUUACAGUGUAUCUUCUGUAUUAAACCAUUCUUUCCUUUUUUGUCCUCUUGACAGUCCCUGGAAAGUACGCGGCGUAUGUUACAAUUGGCAGAAGAGGUAAGAGUUAAGCCCGGUUCAGAUGCCGAACUUUUCAUGAGCCAAACCUUAUUCGAAUAAAGGCCGACCAAAUUUUUUAGACCGGCCGAAUUGAUUCAGACGCCGAUCUUAACUGCAGCUGAACUAAGUUCAAAAGGCGAAAAAUGCUCAUUUCGGUCAAACUGCUUACAAAACAUGUUAUAACAAUUUAUGCAUUACAUGAAAAGUUCACAAAGUCGCUCUAAAGGCAAAAUUAUCGGCCAGGCUAGGCGAAAAGAACGGCUGAGCCGUUCCAAAUUAAAACAGGUGUUCGUAAUUGAUUCAGAUGCCGAACUUUUCUUGUACUUAAUUUGAUGCAUUAGGUUGGGCUCGUGAAUCGUUCGACGUCUGAACUGGGCUCUUGCUCAUUUACAUGUACAGCUGGUAUGGAGACUUCAUUCCUAUUGAGGUGUGGACCCCCAGGAGGGGCACUCAAGUUAAAUUUAAUGCUCCUUUUAAGGCUUCUAGUCCAAAAAGACACCCUGUUCAACACUCAAGAUGCAGGAAACCAUAUCCUGUACAGCGGCACAUACAUUGUACCGAUCUCAGCCAAAUAAAGGAGCGCCCCCCCCCCUUCCCCAGGUGAAGACCACUCCUUGUAGAGGGCAAGGUUCAUCUGAAACCUCACUCUCUUACAAGCAAACAGACAAGUAGGCUGUGAGUACAGCUGUCUUUAGUUGCUUCUUGAGACUAAGGAAAUUUUGUGAGAAACACCUGCGCCUCAACAACAGAAGUUGAACCAUACUCUGAUAACGUAAAAUCUAUCCAGAAUCUGGUCAGUGGUUCUGAUUGGUUGCUGCAGUAAUUAUGUUCUUUUAGUUAUUGUUUAACAAGGACAGACAAAACACAAAAGGUCACAAAAUGUAAAUGCGAUGAAUCUACAAACUGUACUGCAAAACAGUUAAUAUUUGGGGAAUAUAAGUUUUCUUGAAAAGGAGCAUUUGAGUUGUGCUGCGGCUCAAGUUUUGCUCAUGGAAGAACUCAAAACUUUUAUUAUUAAAAUAGACCAGGAGAAACAGAAAGUCAAACAAAUUUAUUUCACAUUUGGACUCACACAACUACAAGGUAAAUUAUUUAAACAUUGAUUUACAUCAUCAAUUUGGCAUGUGGUUGAGGUGUAGACGUCUCUCCUGCAAAAUGUUCGAAGUGGCAAGGAAUACGGGAGAGAUGGCUGUAUUUGCAGGCUAACAAGUAAGGAUAUGAUGCAGACACCAGUAAUGAGGUAAGCCUGAGGCCCGACAAACCUCCUCAAGGGUACGUCACUGUAGAGAAAUGAGAGACUGAAAUGAGAAGGGGCCAGACUAAGGUAAGUACAGUUGAAUUGAAAGACUGGUGCAUUUGUGCGUGUAUAUAAUUGUUCUCAGGUUCAAGGUUCUACAUGCAUGCACUAUGAGUUUUUAGAUAAUCUGAGAUGCUUACGUUAAAAGAAUCGUACCCACUGAGAAUAAUAUCAUGUCAAGAAUAUAAAUUUGGGAUGACCAAGGACAAACCCAGCUGGCUUUCAAAGUGGGACUGGCACCUGAAACUGAGAGAGCGAGGUUCUGAUGCAUCAACCACUUGGCCAUUUUGCCUCUCUUGAAUUAUUGCCUGAUGUUUUCGGGAAAACUAUGGGAAACUUAACACCCUACAGGUGUGGUUUACAAAGAAUUCAGAUUCAGAAUUCAGCAACAACAGAAGUAUGCAGAAAACAAGCAAGAACUUGGGUUGCUUGUUUUCUGUUGUUGUUCCUGGCUACUGUUUGUUGAUUUUCCUCUUUCACUGUUUUUGACCAGAGCCAGGAAGUCGGAAUCAAAACGUUGGUGGCACUGGAUGAACAAGGUGAACAGUUAGACAGGGUGGAAGAAAACUUGGAUCAGAUCAAUGUUGAUAUGAAAGAAGCAGAAAGGAAUUUGACAGGCCUUGAAAAGUGCUGUGGUUUGUGUGUCUGUCCUUGGAGAAGGUGAUUAAUUUCUUAUUAAAAGUGGAUCUGAUUUUGAACCCAAAACUAACAAAACCUUCCGUUAAGUAGCAGGUACAAUGUACAGGUCACAGGUCAGAGCAAAUUCACUUAUCAUAGAAUUUAUUACUUAGCUUAAGUUUUGACGCCUUUCAUUUGUAUUUACAUUGUAUUGUCAGUAUAGUGCUGAUGAAUCAUUGUUUCAUUUCUGGUUACCUUGUGUAUGACAUUAUGCAUACGGUGGAAGCUCUCAUAAACAGACACCCUCAGAACGAGGCUGCUUCCUAGAAUAGUUCUUGUAUGUGGCCACUGGAGGUGUAAGAGUUAGUAAUAAACCCUUAAUGACUGGUCUCGAGGGAAACAGUUAAUUUUGUUUCCCUAGAAUCUCAAUGUUUCCCGAGUUAUAUAUACAGUAUAUUUCAAAUGGAAAGUGGAUGGACCAAAGGUGGACUGUCUAAGCUGGCCACGGCAGGUGGCCUCAAACCAGCAAAUUUUACUAAGUAUUACUGGAAGUAUUUCUAUCUGUCCUCCUGAACUAAUUUACUAAUCGCCUAAAAUGAGAGUCAGCCCAUGUUGUUCAAGGCAUCAACCAAGAUUAAAAAGCAUAAUUUCAGAAGUUAAGGUUUUUUCCUUUUAUUGCAUUCCCAGUAUAUAUUUGUAGGUGGGAAAGCUCCUGUAAGCUGCCAUCUAAAUUUCAAUGUGUUAGUCAUCUUCCACUCGUCUACCCAUAACCUGAGCGUAUUCACCAUUUUUAUAUUGCCAGCCGAUAAUACACCUUGUUUACUCCCCAAAAUUUUGCGUUCGCAUUGUCUUCAAUUUCUCUUGGGACGACUGUAAUACCCAGAAGUAUUUGAAAACCAUGGUAAUGCAAAAUUUGGGAAGUAUUAAAAGAAGGUGUAUUUUGGUAGUGUGAAAAAUGAUGGUAACAAGGGUGUUAACCCAGCCAUAAACAUCACGACUUUAGUUUAUGAGUAAAUAUAGUGACUAUUCUAAGGCAUUUGUUCUGCACUUUUAGGCGAAAAAAUUUUGAAAAGACAGAGAACUACAAGAGAGCCUUUAAGAGUAAUGAUGAUGGGGUUGUUUCAAGUCAGCCUGGUAAGCCCCUUUUGUAACAAUUUUAUUACUUAACAUAAUAAAAACGGGUCGGAGCAUAAACAGCCUAAAUCCCUUUUUCCCCCUUAUAAACGGCCUUUAUUUUCACUACCGAAUUCAGUAUGAUAUAGUAAAUCACUAUAAACAUUGACUCAGGUUUAUGGAUUGAUUAAUUGACCCUUUCUGGUGUAAUCAAUUUUUUUGGCCUCAUAACAGCUGCGCUGAACUCCGAGUCAGGAGAUUGCGUCGUUUUAGUUUCAACGAAGUCUGUACACAGUACCUGAAAUUGCUCUUCCUUUUCCGUCUUGUGGGUUCUAAUUUGUGUGUCUCUUUUGCGUGGUUAUUUCCUCUUUCUACCAGUUGCAUUUGAUACUUAGGAGGCUUUGGUAAUGAGCUCGCAGGAAAACAGCGCUAAAAUCUAGAGAUGCAUUGAAAUAUCGCAAAGUUAGAGCUCUUCCCACUGGCCUUGGGAAGCAAUUCGAAAGGCCAUCAAAUUUUCUUGUUCCCGUUAUCUUUCCCCUGGUUUUCUCCUGGACUUGUUUUUGCGGGAGUGUAUGCAGUUGUGACACACAAUGUGUUCGAGGAUUUCCCAUGAUUUUAUGGGAGCUCAGAAGGGCUUAAGAUGGCAACUAGUAGCAUGGAGACAGGCAUAAAAUAUAAGAGGGUUGGACAGGGGUCUAUGAUUUUGGUUACGCAUUUUCCAUAAAAUCGUUGUAAAGCGCUUUUCACCAUGCCUGUAAGCAAUGGUAUGAAUGCAAGGACUUGUACUAGAAAUAAACAGUCGUUUCACAUAGAUAAACAGUUAUUUAAGGUCACUAUGGGUCGGUACUUACGAAAAUUUACAGGUUUCAGUGGUGUAAAACAAGACAAUGGUAAAAUCGCCUUAAAGAGUUGGUCAUUGUUUACAAGAGGGUGGGAGUGGUUUGUUUCGACCGCCGUGCAAUCCAUGUUUGAAAGCAAUUGGUUAAUUGUAGAGACAACUUUAGUAGCCUUUUGGCAGAGGAUUUCUCACAACCAGAAUGUCAUUUCUAUUCCUGGGUAGGUUUGGCUGUCAACAAUUUGUAAGGUUUCAUUUUCUUAUUUUAAAUUUCUGAGUGUUCUUGUAUUGUCCAUUACCACUGAAAAUUAUAAUAUUAGAUUUUUUGGUGUUUACUCUUAGCCUCCAUUCUUGGACGUGUUAAUGAAUUAAUGAGUGAUUUUUGCAAUCCCGUUUGGAGAAUUACAUGUACUUAUCACUAACAGGUCAUCAGCAUACAUCAGGCAGUUUACAACGCAUGUAUUUCAUAACUUAUGAGUAUGUUUCAUCUGCUUGAAGGUGAAGUAUUAAAAAAAAAUACGUAUUUUCAAAGGUCUAGGAAUGAAAGGUUAAUUUUUGACGUUCACUGUAAUAAUAGUAACUUAAACGUAUGAAGACCUAUUUAGUUUUGUAACCAAUGCCUCAAGUAAAAGCUCUUGUCUUUUAAGAAGCAAUAUAUUUUAAAGCUGGAGGAAUUAGGUCGUCAGAAUUAGAGACUGUUUCAUGAUAAAAAUCGUGAUAUUUCUUCACUAUUUGUUAUUCGAUGAGCCACAUUUUCUUAGGAAACUCUAAAGAAACCUUCGAGUCUUUGUCCGAAGCAACGUUUGGUGAGGUGAUAUUCAUUGUACUUGAACAAUUUGUUUAAUUAAUUUACAUUAGAUGUCUGAAGGAAAGACAAGUGAGUCUAUAGCAUGAGGAUCUACUCAGCUGUGCAUAGCAUUUCGCGUUUUUAUUCAUGUUCAUGUACAAAAAUAGCCAAUUUCGCACACAAAAAAACAGUCUAUAUUUAGGACGAAAAGGGUAUAUUCUUGGUAUAGUUACAUUGAAGCAUUCAAAAUAGCUCAUGCACAUUACACGUACCUAUGUUUUAAAACGGACAGCAGUAGAAGGCCUCUUUUGAACAUUUUAAUUUUUAAUUACAUCAUAGUGAUGAGGGCCAACUUGAACAGAUUAUAUUUACCUUUUAUUCCACACUUUUCAAGUUUAUAUAUCAUCCCAAAGUGCCAUAUGCUAUCGAAAGCUUUCUCGGAAACCAAUGAAGCUAGUAUAAAGCUUUGCAAAUACACUCGACUAUGAUAAUAUUUAAGUAAACAACUAGACUAUUGAAUCCGGAGCUCUUUCCUUUUUUGAAACAUUAGAUGGACAUAUUUUGCUAUUAUUUGAGAGAUAUCUUUAUCUAAGUGAAUAAUUCUAUCACGUUCUGUUAAGUUGGCAAGUGUGCGUCAUUUUUUGUAAAAAAUGAAAAUAAAGUUCCUCUCCCGACCUCGUUCCCAGGGUUCUCUCCUACCCGCCCUUCAGAGCGAGAGAGAGAGACCCUGGAAAACGCUGGUCACGUGUCUCCCAGAAUCUGGGAGAUUACAAACAAACGAUUUGGGGGAGGGGCAGGUAAGUGUGAGAUUUGUCUCUACAGAGCAUAGACAGGUCAGUGCAGCCAUUGUGUACCUGACCUGAUCUUGAACACGGAAAAUAAUGAACAAAGUCCUUUGACAGCGAAAGCGUAACUUCCUGCAGAUUAUCUGGAUGUUAAUCGGAUGUUUAUCAGCGAUGCUUUCAUUUGGCACAUGCAACGGAAAUCGCGGAGGAUUCACCGUUUGUGUAGUCAAAAAUAAUUUAAGUAUCCUGGUAAUAGUAUUCAUACCGAAACGCACUAGAUUUGAAUUGCCGUUUAUAUGUUGUGGAGGCCACUUUAGAAAACAAAUGUACAGUAUCUGUAUGUGUUUUCAAGACUACUAUUAUGCAAGGCGCCGAAAAAAUGUAUCAAGCGUUGCUGUCCUCACCCGCGACCUCGAACUGCCUCGAAGCAACAGGAAGAGAGAAUACGCGGCUCGGACAGUCAGGCUGAUUGUUAGCUAUUGUUCAAAUGGAAAGAGGUAAAGAGAAUCUUGAAAGAAAAUAUUUUCAGCCAAGGCUCUGUGUUUUUGCAUUUUUUUUCGUCGUUUAUAAUUACCAGGAUAGCCGUAAGCUUCUUUGUGAAAAAAUACCGUAUGAUAUGGCUUGCACAAUUGCGAACCGUUUAUUGUUCCUUAUUAAUUUUCUGGAUGUUUAGGUAUGCUUUAGAGGAUUUUUAGAAAUCACUGAGCCACAUGUGUUUUUAAAUAAAGUUUUUAUAUUGGCCAUAAACAAGAAAACCUUUUGCUUGGAAGGCUAUGUUGUCGGUUUUGUCUCUGUUUAUACUAUUUCCUGUUGUCUUACAUGUCGCGUUGGUAUAUAAUUAUUUUUACCUUUGAUCUAUUUACGACUUUUCUUUUGCCGUAUCAUGACAAAGUUUGAGGGAGUGGAAAAUGCUGAUAUUUUAGGCUAUAGCUUUCCGUGAAGUCACUAGAUCUAGAAUAUCACUUUGAUCGUAAAUGUAUUAACUGAAUUUCUUGCUCUCGAUGUAACUGCCAUGGUUUUGUCACGCCGAACCGCUAAGACCGCAAAUGGUGUAGGUUCAUUUGGCCCGAUUACCAGCCGCUGUCAGACAAACAUUGAAACUUUUUAUAUAGAAGUUCAACAUACAGGGAUUUUACCUUCAAAAAAUUAACUAGGUUGUGUAUAACUCAAGAUCGUAGAUUUUUAAGGAUUGGUGUCAUCAGUUAAACCGGCGACAACGCUAGUUUUUGAUUCCUUCUCUGGUAAUUCACUGGUUUAUCUGAUAGUUUUGUUUAGGCAGAAAUUUCCUUUAGUUUCAGUUAUAGUUGUAGUAGGGUUAGCAAAUUUAUCUUGCUGUUGCGAUCACUACGCCGCGAAUAAACCAGACAAAAAAAUGUGAGACAAAGGACUCCUCCCUCAGAAAUGAUUUUGUUCUGGAACCACGUGACCAGCGUUUUCCAGGGUCUCUUUCUCUCUCUCGCUCCGUAGGAAGGGUAGGAGAGAACCCUGGGAACGAGGUUGUUCCUUUCUAAGGGUUGAUUUCCCUUGUUGCCUAAUUUUUCUGUGCGAACGCACGUAGAAUGUAUGUGCGUAAUUUAAAGAGUAUGUAUGAAGGGCCACGAGGGUGCGUUUCUUUACUAAAAUUCAAGAUCAGAUAAAAAAUCCGGAUUAUUAGGAUUUUUUUUAAGAAAAGAAACGAUAUAUCAACAAGAGGUUAUUUUUCAUUCAUUCCUAUACAAACGACCCACAAAAUCUUUCUUUUCGGAUCCGUAGUAAAGAAACUCUUCGGAUCGUGUAUCUAAAGUAUCCCGUUUUGGAUACGAUCCAAAGAAUGCACCUCCGUUGUGGAUCAUUUGGAUUAAUAAUUCGGUUUUGGAUUUAACUAAAAAAACGGAAUAUCCAUUUUUCGGAUUCGGAUUUUGGAUUUUCGGAUUUUCUGGAUUCGGGUUUUGGUAAAGAAACGCGCCGUAACUUUCUCGUGUACGCGUGACUUUCAAGGAUUACCUCAAUUUUAUUUAAGCGCGUUGACGCGUAAAAUUUAUGUGGGUACGCACGUAAAAUUAUGAAACAGUGGAAAUCCUCGUUAAGAUCGUUAUAUUCGCUGCAAUAUAUCAGGAAGUGCUUUUUGUCUUCUAUACAGUUUCUUUUUAAACUAAGCAUUUCUUUUCGUCUACUGGUAUGGAUGCGGCUUUAUUUUCAUUUUUUCCUGUUUGUAUGCGUAAGGGGUGAAGUCCUAAUCGUAGCUUUGUAUCGCUGAUUCAAUGGAUUUCUAACUAUUUACUUCGGCGGUGCACGAAGUAAAGGACUCGCGAUGCUCAGGAAUGUCCCAAAGUUGCUUUUUUGGGACAAAAUUGGGCACGCAAAGUCCUUCAGGCAAAGUCCUUGGGUCUUCGGUCUUAAUCGGCUAUUUGACGAAGUGAGAGCCGAAUUAGUUCGGGAUAUCUCGAGAUCACUUCGAGUUCUUUGAUUUAUCCUUGUCUUUUUUUUGGAAGAAAGAAUUAUUAUUUUAACUUGCCCAGGGUUUGAACCGGCGCACGUGUAACUCGUCAGAUCAGAUGAGACCCAAAGUUGAGGGAUUAACCGAUUGCGCCACUGUGACCCAAGGAAGUUUGAGAUUUGAGCAAGACGCUAUGGGAGCGUACACUUUAACGUCGUGGUUGUGCGUUAAUUGUGAAUGCGGAGGAAUUUAAUUAAUUGAAUUUAAUUUGAUUUAAUUUUAAAGAAUUUGUAUAGCACUAUAGGACUAUAAAAUAUUCAAAAGAGCUUUACGUUAAGUUGUAAUUAAAAAACUAAUAAUAAAUUUCUUAAAAUUCCCUGCUGAUCUAAAAACUAAACAAAGAAAGUCUAAAAUUUAAUACACUCAGAGCUAUUCUAAUCAACUACAAGCUUUUCUAAAAAGAAAUGUGUUAAAAUGCUUUUAACGAAUAGUAAGAAAUGAUAUUUUCAGGAUACCCUGCCAUACAAAUACUCUUACUUUUCUGCUUUUGUGCAGCAGAUGUCUUAACUUCUUCACCGAAGUCUGCUAGGUGCAUCAUGAUCGCGUGAUUGUAACCCAAUUCGAUUAUAAUUUUUGUCAUAAAUAUCCGACGAGAUCUCAAUUGCACUUCCUUUUUUUGCUCUUUUCUCUGUGGCUACUUCACAUACAAAUACACAAACUGUUCGUGGUAGGCCCACACCAAAAAAAGAAGUAAGGCGUUUUUGGAAUGGGCUGGUCCGCAGACUCAAGAUUAAUGAAAGGAAAUUAUUGAGACAGUCAAAGACAUUAUGCUCAAAUUGACGAAAUCAGGUUUUAGAAAGUCAAGGUAACACAAGUUACUUGGAGAAAAUUUGGGGGACAGAAUGUGUAUAGAUUUCGGUAACAGGAGAUGACUGCAGCAAGAGUGAUUUGAAAGAGGUGCGGUUGUGUGCGUUGCGUGUAGACGAAGCGAUAGAUUGUCAACAAGGGGAAGCAAAACGCAGUUACCGUGGUUUCUUAACCGUUGCGAUAGGCAUCAUUACCAUUGUUCUUCUUUUAGUUUGUUUGGAAGAGUAGGUGUUUUCAUACUUGUUUUUGUAUUGUGUGUUUUUCUUUCUCGUGUAGAAUGUUCACAGUACCUUAUUUAUCCGUGAUAUCGUCGAGAUAUAGUGCGUCUUACCGUUAAUUACGGCCAUCUUGGUUAACCGUUCUCCGCCCCCUAAGUAGAUUUGACACUCCUCUAAGAUGGCAGCCGUUCACGCCAAGUCUUCGAUCUCAUCGGUCUUAUGGAGAAAUAGGGCACUGUGAACAGUCUAUUUUUCAUGUAAUAAUUCAUGUUGCUAUUUUUACAUGGGACCAGUUUGCUUCUAUGAAAAAUCUUUCAAGCCAUGCCAGUGAAGCCACGACCUCUGCUAUCCGUCCGGAAUCAGUGGGAACACCCCAAUGACUCCUUGCAAUUAAUAAUGCUCUUAUUCUCUUACAUGAAAUGUUUUCUUUGAAAUAUUUAAUGUGAAACCUAGACUAGUACUGUAAGCUCAUGUCCAGGGCGCCUUGGUCAUGUCCGACUCCGUCCGCUGUUGUGAAAAUUUUUGAUCACUGGGGCGAUGUUUUGAUUUGUGUUUUGAUAAACACAAGCGCGCCUUCUCAUUGGUUGAAAAGUGUCGCGUGACCAGUUGGCCCUGUCCUUAAAUUUAGGGAUAUUCCGGACUGAUAAAUUUUAUUUGCCAUCCAAAAUUUUAUUUUUCCCGCGGUUAUCAAUAUUGAACAUUUUUUAUCGAUUAUAAUUGAUGAUUGGCACAGCACUACCCAUACAGUAAACUCUUCUUCAAAAACACCAUUAAAGUGAUCAGUUUUGGUCCGAAAAAUUUCCCAGCACAGACCUACAGUCAGUUUUGGUUUGCUAAUUCAUUAAAUCAACAAAUUUCUUCGUUGUCCAGGUGUGCGUUAUCAGCAAGAUGGAAAUCGUGGAGAAACACCCAAGACAGGCUACGUUCAAAAGUAAGUGUUAUUCAAGAGAAUAAUCAAAUUCAUACAGAAUACUCCAUGGAAAUUGUGCGCGUACACUAUUUACGCAGAAGCUUGUUGACGUAUGAAAAAUGGAACGAGUAACAUUUCAAAUACACAAACAAGGAGUGUGUAUUAGUAUCAUACAAAGCGUGAAAUGACCUACAGAAAACGAUAUCGACUUUCGGGACUGUUAGUAAAAAGUACAAUGAGGGUAAGGGUAUCGCGCAGCAAUACAAAAUUACAGAUACCGUAAAUGACCUAUAAAUAAACACCCGGGGCGUCUAUUUAAUUUCAGGGGUGUAAGCGAGGGUGUUUAAUAGAGAGAAGGCGUUUAAAGAGAGAGGCGUUUCUUCUUAUAACUGUAAGAAGCUCAAAAAAACUAAUGCUUUCGGGAAAAAAUAUCAAGAGAGUUUAAAAAUAGUGGAAUAUCCACUCCAUCAAUUGAUAUGUCUAGGCCGUCUAAUGAUCCAUAUUGCUCUUUCAAAUCCCAACAUCGAUGUCAGAAUCUUCGCUCAGGGUUAUUGUGUUGCCAUCUUUAGGCUAUCCUUACUUUGAACUUGACAAUAAGCAAGAUGAAAUCCGUAAAGCCUUCUAAUUCCUAGAAAUUUUGAGUAAUUCUCAAUUAGGGGGCGUUUAUUACUGAGGGGCAUGUAAUACAAUUUUAACAGCGUAGAGGGGGUGUUUAUUAGAUAAGAGGCGUUUAUUUGGAAGUGGACGUUUAUUAGGUCAUUUAUGGUAAUUUGAACUUUUUGUGCCUAGUCUACAAUGGCCAGCGGAAAAUGAAUGAAUUUGAGUGAAAUGGCCGGUUUGAAUAAGCUAAACAGAAGGCAAAAUAGCUCCUAUUAAAACUACAACUCAAUCUUGUUUAUUUUUUUCCCUUUCUCCACUGUUGCUUUGUAAGCUGACUUCAAUAUUUUUCAGUGAUAACGCUAGCGAAAAAUGAAUAAAUUUGAGUGAAAUGGCCAGUUCGAAUAAGGUAAACAGAAGACGAAAUAGCUCCCAUUAAAAGUACAACUCAAGCUUAUUUGUUUUUUUCCUUUUCUCUACUGUUGUGUUGUAAGCUGUCUACAAUAUUUUUCAGUGAUAAUGCCAACAAAAAAUGAAUGAAUUUGAGUGAAAUGGCCGGUUUGAAUAAACUGAACAGAAGACAAAAUAGCUCCCAUUGAAAAGUACAACUCAGGCUUGUUUUUUUUUUUUUUUUUUUCUCCCUUUCUCCCUUUCUCUACUGUUGUUUUGUAAGCUGUCUACAAUAUUAUCAGUUAAUGAGGUAUACUAAACAAUUCUAUUCAAUUUCCGAGAAAAACUCGAGGAAGCGAAUCGAAGGCGAUACAAGCACGUAUAAAAGGUGCGAACGAUCCGGCUAGUGCUCCUUAUUGGUUGGGGCAAAUUUCUCUCGCGGCACGACCAAUCAGCCAUAUGCUGAUGUGUUAUUUGUACCUAAUAUAAAACGUCCUUUGCUUCUCUGAUUCCCUAGUCUAGAACUCAGUUGAGUAUUAGAAUUUGGACAUGUUAGUGAGUACAGUAUGUGGUCCUUGGUCCGGCCAGCCCUAGGUCCGGCCGGUUGUACUUUGCGAUACAAUUUUUCGAAAACAUUAGUUUACAAUACAAACGAAACUUUUUCAGUGUUUAUUGAUUUGUUUACCUUCUUAAGCUCAAUUUGAGGUUUUCCUGAUGCAAGCGAAGGGCCGAAAAAUCAAGUUAACGCAAACAUAGGUGAAGUUUGUUCUGUUAUUUGUGUCUUUUUUAUGGCGCCUUAAAUUACGUGGAUAUAUUUUGAAUUUAGAUAGAUAGAUAGAUAGAUAAUCUUUAUUUAUCCACGGUACAAAAUUCGUCAGCUUUAAAAAUGCCUAAUACUAAUAUAAUAAAAAUAUUUAAAUAAAAAAGCUGCUUUCCACGAAUGCCGUGCCUUACAGUUCUUUGAGUAAUCGUUUAAAUUGCCCAAGGGACUCUGCUUCCCUUAAGUUACAAGGAAGACUGUUCCAGAGAAUGGCGCCACUAUAGCUGAAGCUGUUUUUGUAAUAGUUUGUGCGCGGUAAUGGAACAUUGAGUUUAUUUUCAGAGUCCCUUAGGUUAUAUGCGACUUCUCGCCUUUCAAAUUUAGAACUAAGAUAGUUUGGAGCCAACCCGUGCAGAGACCUGUAAACCAUCGUAGCUCUUUGAAAUUGUUGCUGGCAAGCUAGGUUUUUCCACCCUAGAAGUUUGAAAAGGUGACCAGCAUCUACGUCAUAGCUUGAGUAGGUCAAAACACGGGCUGCUCUGUUUUGUAGCUUUUGAACCUUAUUCCGUAAGGUUAUCCCACAGUUUCCCCAAACAAUGUUGCAAUAAUCAAAGUGUGGCUGUAGUAAAGCUUGAUAUAUUAGUUGUAAGGUCGCCUGAGGGACAAGGUGCCUUAUUCGUUUUAUGGCCCCAAUACCAGAAGCGACUUUCUUUGUUACUUUCUCGAUAUGGCCACUCCAAUCAAGUCUGUCAUCGAUGGUCACUCCAAGUGAUUUUGCAGUAGUGACCUGGCUAACUUCAAAAUCAUUAAUUGCAAAUGUCGGGGACUCUGUGAGAGUACUUAGCCUCUACCUAGAUCCGAUAAGCAUAAAUUCGGUUUUAGUCAUAUUUAGAGUAAGUUUGUUUGCUCUCAGCCAAGUGUGAACAUUUUCUAAAUCUUGAUUUAGAUGCAACUGAAUAUUGUCUGCAUUAUCACCUGCGUACGUAAGGUGGGUGUCAUCAGCGUACAUCCUCGGCUCACAAUUUGAAAGACAGUUUGGAAGAUCGUUGAUGUAUAACAGAAAUAAUAAUGGACCUAAAAUCGUCCCCUGGGGAACACCACAACUUAAUAAACAGCUUUGAGAGAGCGUUCCGUUGAUGGAGCACAUUUGAGUACGAUUCUCUAAAUACGACUUAAACCAUUGGUGCGCGUUACCAUAUAUGCCGUAAUUGCUUAAUUUUGAUAAAAGGAUCUCACGGUCAACUGUGUCGAAGGCCUUUUUGAGAUCUAAGAAAACAACGGCGUUGAUUUUACCGCGGUCAAUAUUGUACGCCCAAGUGUCCGUGGCCUCAAGGAGAGCCGUGACAGUUGAGUGAAUAGCGCGAAAGCCUGAUUGAUAUUUACAGAUUAUAUUGUGCUCUUCUAGGUAGGCAUAUAAUUGAUCAUAGACGAUUCUUUCAAAGACCUUGGCCAUAACUGAGAUCACCGAAAUUGGACGAUAAUUGUUUAAGUCGUCCCGAUCGCCUUGUUUAAAAAGUGGGGUGACCUUUGCGCAUUUCCAGUCAUCCGGAAAUAUGCCUUGACUUAUUGACUGGUUAAAAAUAUCACGGAUAGGAAUGCAAAUGAGAUCUGCACAUUCCCGAAUGAGCCUGGCAAAUAUCUUGUCAAGGCCAGCUGCCUUUGACCUAUUUAGACGAUUCAAAAGUGAGAGAACUUUAUUUGUACUGGUCGGAUGGAGCUGAAACCGUUUAUCUGUGCCAGUGAGGUACUUUUGAUAACCAUUACUAUUUGAGGAAUCAAUAUUGCUAGCAAGUUCUGGACCGAUAGUAGCAAAGUGAUUAUUAAAUUGGUUCGACAGCACAGUUGGAUUUGUUAUUGAUACUCCAUUUACUUUCAGAGAUGUCACCGAUUUUUUCCCAGAUUUUCGCGAAGUAAGUUCAUUGAUAGUCUGCCAGGUCUUUUUAGAAUCGCGCGUAUGCUUGUUAAAACUAUUUUGAUAAUAGGCUUGCUUUGCUAAUGUGAUUUCGCUAUUUACUAUAUUGCGUUGUUUUUUAAAAAGUGACCAGUCAUUUGAAUCAUUCGAUUUACUUGCUUUAAUCUUUAGAAUAUCCCGAUCAUGCAUUCGUUUCUUGAGCUCAGAUGUAAUCCAUGGGGAACUACGCGUGCGAACACGCAUUGUCCUCAAGGGAGCAUGCUUGUUAACAAUAGAUAGAAACGAGCAUUUCCAUUGUAGCCACAUUUGAUUGGGAUCAGUUGAAUUGUAUAUGUGAUCCCAACAAUGAGAUGCAAUAUCAUUCCCAAAAUUUAUUCGAUUAAAUUUUCGAAAGUUUCUGUAGGUUAAAGCAUUGUGCCCACCAGACAUUCCAUUCACGGAUAAUUUUCGAUAGGCAAAAACUAUGCUAUGAUCGCUAAUACUGAUAUGACGAACCCCCGAACACACAACUUUAUCUGGACAAUUAGUAUAGAUUACAUCAAUCAAAGUUGCAGAAGUCGGAGUCAUUCUGGUUGGUUCAGUGAUAAGUUGCUGUAGACCAUAAAUAUCAGUGAUACUCAUUAAUUUGCAUGUAUUAUUGUCAUAUCGAGUAGCAAUCAUGUCGCAGUUAAGGUCUCCCAUUAGAAAAUAUUCAAUAUUUUCGGAAUCGAGUUUCCCAAUUAAAGUUUCGAAAGGUGAAAAAAUACCAAUAGGAGAAUCAGGUGGUCUAUACCACGUGGCAAGAACAAACGGUUUAGAUCUAGGUUUUUGAAUUUCCAGAGUGUCCAUGUUUAAAUCAUUUCGUAUGGUAAAAUUUAUUGAACUUUUCACAUAGAAACACGCUCCUCCUCCACCGUUUGUAAUUCUAUCACGUCGAAUUAUAUCAUAGCCAGAGAUGUUGACCUCAUUGUCGCUAAUAGUUUCAUUGAGCUUAGUUUCAUUAAUCGAUAAAAUAUCUAUUUCGUUAUGCGCUAGAAGAAUUCUAAGUUGAUCUAUGUGUGUGAUUAAUUUAUUGAUAUUUAAAGAGGCUAAUUUAAAACCUCGUUGAGAUGGCAACACUGAGGUAGGCUCAUGAGAUUCCUCAGUAUUGCGUUUUGUACAUUGAAUAGGCACGGCAUCGGUGGAUAGCGCAUCAUUUCAACCUAAACUCAUCUGAAAGUUCUUAAAAAACUGUUGAUUACCUUUAAAAUUAAGAUGUAGUCCGCCCUUGUUAAGUUCCUUUUCGGAGAUGUUUUGAUGCUGGAUAAAUUUCCAUCCAUUCUGCCGGCAGUAGAACUUCAGUUGUUUAUUAACUGUUUUCACGGCUUCAUUGAAUCCGUCUCUUCUUUGCACGAGCUCAGAUAUAAUUACUGUGGCAUCGGAUGAGUUUUCAAUUUGUCUGGCGAGAUCUACCACUGAGCCGGCAACUUGUUUCUCGCAUAUGCGAUUAAGUGCGCUGAGAAAGUUAAGUUUUGGUGUACAUGCGUGCAAGAAAUGUUCUUUCGAGUUGCAAAAAGGUUGGUCGACAGGUUGAAUUUUAACACCAAAUUUGUAUUAAUAGUCCAAAGUAAGUUUUGCUUACUAGGUCCUUGGUCUGGCCACCGGACGAUAAGUAAACUCGCCAAAUAGUGUUUGAAAAGGGAGAUCCUCAGAAAGUUCAGUUUCGUUUCGUUUAGUUCUUAGUAAAUUAAGAUUCCUGAAUUGAAGUGAGGAUCUUUCAACUUUGAGUCACAUAAUUUUAAGUAAUAAAGCACUUUCAAUGUGUGAGUGGCCGGAGAAAAUAGAAAAAAUCGCAUGCAGCGUUCAAGUUAAACAUAUUGCUCAAGACUUUCCCAGCACAUGUAGAACUGCAAUUUAUUAAUUUAAGUAAGGAUAUAGAAGGCCAUAAAAAGGAAGCUUAAAUUCGUAUGAUUGGAUUCAUUAGGGAGCUUUAGCAGAGUCAAAAAAUUAAAUCAAUGGUUUUUAACAAGCAAAGCAAUACUCUGCACGGACUGUACGUGCGUGAUGGAGCACGCUUUUUGGUCGGAUCUCUUUGCCGUUGCAGCACGACUAAAGGUACGGGAAAACGGGUAACAAAAAACGUGCAACGUGUUUUGCAACACUGCUGCAAACCGAGUUGAAAAGAGAUGUUGCACGUUUUACCACCCAUGUUCAAACCUGUUAACAACCUGAUCUGUUGCAAGACAGGUUUUACGUGGGUCGUAUAACGCGCAACACUGCUUUUCAACUCGUUUUGCAGCAAUGUUGCAAAACAAGUUGCACGUUUGUUGUUGCCCGUUUUUCCGUACUUUAAGGCAUAAAACUUCCUGAUGGGAUUUUUUUUUUAUGAGGCCGUAAAAAAGAGACGACAAAUUAAAUCUUUCUUUCCCUCUAAACUGGAUUGAAUUCAUUUAAAAUAGUGGUGAUUUCGCUGCCAUCGCAUCGUAACUGCACGAGACACGUUCGCACAGGAACCAAAAAAAUAACCCCCGUCUUCAUAAGACCAACUUUUGCUCUUUACACAGAAAUCUCAUUUUGGUUUCGAAGUUUAAAUGAUGCCUAUAGAAAAUAUACAGGAAUUUAGAUCAGUUUGCGGCUGGAAGGUUCUUUUUGCGCUAUUGUAGAGAAUUUUCUUCAAAAGGAGUUAUGAAUUAUGUUUGUAUUUGAAACCAUUCUGUAAAAAGCUAUUAAAUUAAGUUUUAAUCUCAUUUUUGAACAUGUAAAAUAUAAAAUACAAAAAUCUUUUUCACUGGUUUCAUCGAUAAAUUCAAAUAGAACUGACAAAGCUUUACCUGUUAAAGCUUCCAAUCUGAAUGUCGUCACCUUGUUCGCGAGUUUGGCGUCGCUCACUCGAAGGAGCUGGAGGUGAAUCAGUGAAUAGCAAUGGAUAUCCCGACUUUGAGUAGCCAAUCAGAGCGCGCGGAAAACAGUCUUCACUGUUUUAGUAUAUACAAAUGUAGGAUGUCGACAAUAAGAGCCGGCAACUGAGAAGCACUGGAGACUAGCUGAUUUGAAAGAGUUUACGAAGUUGGUAGGAAGUCUUACGCUUUGUGUAAAAAUAGAGGCGAACUCCCUUAUUGGUAGUUAAUUACGAGAUUUUAUCAUCACUUUAUUGUCAUUUUAUUAUCGCGCAUUUCUAUUUAUAAAACCAAUUAAUGACGUAAGCCGUAAAUCUCUGUUUUCGGUUAUUAAAUUAUUUCUAGGAUAACAGGAGAUGCCAGGGAGGACGAAAUGGAUGAAAACCUUGGGUGAGUUAUGCUACAGAUCAUCACUGAAGUUAAUGGAUUAUAAUGUGGGACACAAUCAGACGGCGAAAAGGAAGCAAAUUCAGGGUACAGUGGUUCGGCAAUGGUUUGGUAGUGCGUCUUACGCUGCCAAAUGACUUAAAGAAUUAAGACAGGAAGUAAUACUGUACUGUAAUAACUUAAGGGAACAAAUCGGUGCCUUGUAUAGAACUCAUGCUGAAACACAGUUGAAGCAUAUAAGUACCUUAGGUAUUUACUCCAGCUUCCGUAGGAGCGAGGGUCUCAAAAUGCAACCCAGUUUGUUUCUUCAUCUUGAGUCGCCAAAAGGAAAGCCAUGGUCCCAGCCAUUCCUAGCAGAAACCGUGGAAACUGGGGAUGAAAAUCACGGCAACCGACAACAAAACAUUUUACGCCAGGCAGAGACAACUUGUCAUUUCCCUUCGUCUUAAUGAUGAAGUAAGAUUACGCUGAAGUCUGUAUAUCUCCCAAUCCCUAUGCUAGGAUCCUUGGACUUAAAGUAAAGUUUUCUUAGUUUGUAACGGUGACGAAUGGACUCUUUAGCCAAAGGUAUUUGGUAAAAGGCACUUGUCAGGUCUGUGACGACGAUGAGUGACCACUGGGCGAUGCGACCCAGGGUGGAGUCAACGUCAGGCAACAAGGAUGGUUGGGGUUUACUGUACCUGCCUACGUCAGCAAGGGCAGUGACAAGACGAGACCCGCCGCUGGGCUUCUUUGCAAGGAAAGAAGGGUUCACAUAUUCUACAGUGAUACUACCAGCUUCAGGGCGUUGGAAGGCAGCAAGCUGCUCUAGGUGGUCAAACCUCUCUUGGAGUUCCACAAGCUUAUCGUGGGCUUAUUGGGGGAGGCGGCCUUUCUGCUGUGGGGGCUCGACAGGGCCCAUGUUGACCUUUGCUUCGUAAGAGCCUGCGGAUCCAGAUUGGAAGUUAGCUCUGACAGCCUCAGGUAGAAUGCUGUCUGGGUCUACAUGGACGGAUAGGAAGAGACUGGCAUGGGAGCGUGGUAACAGACGCUGAGUAGGAGACGGACUUGUCGGAGGCUCUUCUUUUGGUUCGAAGACAGGGGUGACCUGGCAGAAGUGUUCGUGAUGCUUAAGCGUUAGAUGCUCGGUUGACAGGUUUGGUAUGCGUAUUCCCCGCACAACACUGGAAACGACACUGGAUUGUGGCCACAGCUGGGAGGGCUUGAGAUUUCGUAAAGUAGGUGCAUCAGUACGGGGCUCAAGUGCAUACUCUGAAUCAGGGGGAGCGUCGUCUGGGAGCUGUACUUCCAGGAAUUCUCAAGGCCAAACAGUCUUUGGAAGGAUUAGAAGCACGGAAUACAAAGGCUCUGCGAACGGUUGUGAGGGGACUGGGUGGGGCCUUGGACCCGUAUGUGUAGAUAGAGCCAUUGCCAAGUAGCACCUCUCUCUUGGCGGGCCGCACGGCAAUGUCGUUUGCCUCCGUAAAAGGGGUCCCGGCAAGCACUUCGACAUCAAGAUCCUCUUCAACAAGUCUCUCGAAUGUAAAGUCUGUGAUGUCAGGGGGGAAGGUUCUUCGUAUCUCUUCGACCACCUGAAGCUGAGAAGAGCCAUCUGACUGCUGGACGGACUGAGCACUUGAUAUAAUUGGACAUCCAAGGUGUUUCGCGUCAGUGACGGAUCAUAUUUCCAGUUGCUAUGCUGUCAAUGGUGACACGUACAUCACGGUGACCAUGAAAGACAUCCAUAUAAGGAGAUUGACGGGUCUCGACACGGUAGGCAAACUACGUCAGGGGUAGGCAAAGUGCUUUCAGGACAGGGUGGAUCAUGAUCAAGGUCGUAGUUGGUGUCUUGUUCGUCGUCUAGGAUGCUGACGAUCUGUCUCGCUUUACCAUAAAGCGCCUGUCAUUGUCAGGGAGGAAGGUACACUGACUGACGAAGUGGUUUGUGUUAGAGCGACCGGCUUACUCGCAUAAGGGACAGACCUUGUCCUGACGGGGCUGUCUGGUGCGGGUCUGAGGGUCACUCCUGCCACCCGGACGGGAGCGACGAAAAUCAUCAGCUACCGUUGCACGUAAAAUCUUAGCGUCAUCUGAAGCGCCUAUUUCCUGGAGGAGAGAAUUAAGUGCCUGAGAGAUCUCGGGUUUAAUUGAGGCGACGGUGCGAGAUCUCAACUCCGUUCCGUAGCGUUGCUUGACUAACGAGGGAGACUGGGGUGAAUGAGUCGCAAACAAGUAAGAACGUGUGGAACAUGUUCACCAUGGUGAGUUAAACCGUUAGCGUAUAGUAAGGAAUCUUCCACAAAAGCCUUAAGGCGUUGUUACAGAUCCUCAGGGCGCUCAUCCGCUGCAAGAUGUAUGUCAGAAAAAUUGAUAAAUUGUGCGCUGGUAGCCUGGAAGCCAAAGUGUUGGCGAAUAGUUUGCCAGAUGUAUUCGAGUGACGUUGAAUUUUUCAACAAAGCGCUUUGGGAAAUGUAGGGCAAUAAUUCGCAGUCUUACUUAGCAUCAGCUCAAGAAAGUUGACUCUUUGUUGAGAGGUGAGGCAUUGAGCAAGAAGUACGGGAUCGCCAUCGGCUUCGAGUCUUUUUCAACCAUUGAACGCCAUCGUCCAAUGAUAAAGUGUAAAGGAAUGAAGGCUUAUUCGAGGCUGGGCGCUUAUUAACUUUUUCUGCCUUUAGGAUGGGCACAUAUUCGAGGUGGGCGUUAAUUCGAGGUUGGGCGCUUAUUCGAAUAAAUACGGUAGUCGUUGUUUCAGAGUCAAUUUCAGAAGGAGAUACAGGGUUGAAAAAGAAUGAAUUAGCAAGUCUAACUUUGGUAGAUAAUCAGUAAAUUGCUUGGGUGAAUUUGGCGUUUUGGAAACCACUAUUUUACCAUCUUUAUUAUUGUUCCUUUUUUUGUUUUUUACAGUCAGGUUUCAAACAUUGUUGGUAACUUAAAAUCUAUGGCAAUGGACAUGGGGAACGAGAUUGACACACAGAACAGACAGCUGGAUCGUAUUAAUGCAAAGGUAAAAAAGUGCCUGAGGCUUUGAGUACAAACAUGAGAAUUAAUUAUUUCACUGGACUGAGUUAUGAAGCAGGAAAAUAUGUUAUUAUUAUCAUUAUCAAUGCCAUGAAAUAGUUCAGGCCAGUCAACUUGCUGGACGUCAGAGAUCAGUGCAUAUUCGUUGAGUUUGUUGAAAAUUGGGUCAAUGGAUAGAAAAAGAAAAAACAAAAAAAAGAAAAAGAAAAACAAUAUCAAUAUUUCUGCUGCGUGAAACAUAGUCAAGAGAGUUUAAGUAUAUAUUAUCUGAGUCUAGAUCCAAAGAUGAAUAAAACAUGUUGUCCAGAGCCUUUUGAAAGUUAACUAGGCGAAACGGUUUUAUUCCGAAGAUCAAGUUUAUGAUCGACUUUGCUCUGAUUGUUACUUAGUAAGAGCUUCUUGCUAUUGUUUUGCAGGCUGAAGCAAAUGAUCUGCGAAUUCAACAGGCAAACACGCGAGCAAGGGAUAUUCUGAGAAACUGCUAAACUGUACUGUUAUAUCAUAGUCAUUGACUGUAACAGCGCUGAGUUCUUUUGUCCUGGGUUGUUAUUAACACUGCCUUCAAUAAGGCUAUCAAUUGCUGAUUUUUCAGACUAGAUUCCGAGUUAUAUUUCCGUGGCUUCGUCCCUUUUUUACAAGAGAUUUGAUUUAUUCAUCCUAAGGCAGUAAGACUACAAGAAUAAGGCUAAGACAAUAAGACUCCAUAAACUCAAGAGAGGUGACGAGAACUGAGUUCAUGAUUGAAAUGUUAAAAUAUACGUUGCCCAUAGCGUAGAACUUCUAUUUUGACAGGUUGGAAAGCUGGUGUUCAGUGAUGGGCGAAUAAUUCAUGAAUGGGGUUUAAACGCGUCUUCUUUAUACCCACAAUGGUACUAUACAAUUUUAUUAGCUUCCGAAAUGUACAUCUUCGUUUGUGGUAGCUUUGUCCUAAAUAUACGGAAGGUAUAGCAUGCACUAUUUAUUUGAACUGCUCCAUAAAAUUUUUUUGUACGUUAAGUAUCCCAAAGCAGUGGCUGUAACAUUAAUUUUCUCAAUUGCAAUUGUCAAGAAGUAAAUUUAAAGCAAGACGGCGUACAUUGUUUCUUAGCCCUGGGUGAUGAAAUUUAUAUUAAAGAUAUAUGAUUUGCCGU